CCAGCCCUCUGCCUGGCGCAUCCCUCUGCAGGAGCAAUGGCCCUGGAGGGAAACCAGACUCUCAUCUCCCACUUCAUCCUCCUGGGCCUCUUCUCCCACUCACCCCUGCAUGUCCUCCUCUUCUCCAUCAUCGUGCUCGUGUUCCUGGCGGCCCUCUCUGGCAACGGGCUCCUGGUCCUCCUCAUCAGCAUCGACCCCCGCCUGCACAGCCCCAUGUACUUCUUCCUCCGCUGGCUGGCGCUCAUGGACCUCAUGCUCAUCUCCACCAUCGUGCCGCGGAUGGCUGCUGACUUCCUCCUGGGCGGUGGCUCCAUCUCCUUCACAGGCUGUGGCCUCCAGAUCCUCUUCUUCGUCACCCUGCUGGGGGAUGAGUGCUUCCUGCUGGCCUUCAUGGCCUACGAUCGCUACGUGGCCAUCAGCCACCCGCUGAGGUACUCAGUGGUCAUGAGCCGCCGUGUCUGCUGGCUCAUGGUGGCAGGGUCCUGGCUCUCUGGCCUGGUGGAUGGACUGAUCCAGGCCAUCUUCACCCUGAGCUUUCCCUACUGUGGCUCCCAGGAGAUUGACCACUUCUACUGCGAUAUCCCAGCAGUGCUCAAGCUGGCCUGUGCCGACACCUCCCUGUAUGAGACUAUGAUCUACGUGUGCUGCGUCCUCAUGCUGCUCCUGCCCUUCUCCGUCAUCUCUGCCUCCUACCUGCGCAUCCUGGUGACCGUGCUCCGCAUGCGUUCUGCUGCCGGCCGGCAGAAGGCCUUUGCUACCUGCUCUGCCCACAUGGCAGUGGUGACUCUCUUCUACGGGGCUGCCAUGAUCACCUACAUGCGGCCCCAGGCUCACCACUCCUCCAGGCAGGACAAGGUGGUCUCUGCCUUCUACACCGUGAUCACCCCUGUGCUCAACCCGAUCAUCUACAGCCUGAGGAACAAGGAAGUCGCUGCUGCUCUCAGGAAACUGCUGGGGAGGUGCCCGUGUGGUGGGGGGUAG